AUGCUCGUGCCACCGGACAUGGUGACCGUGCAGUCGAAGACGAUCUUCCAGAUCAACAAGUACUACGCGGAGAAGGUGCAGGUGCGUAUGGGCAACAUCGCGAUCGUGCUGCGGGAGAUCUGCAAGAUCGUGCAGGAGGUGUUGCGCGAGGUCGAGGUCCAGGAGCCCCGCUUCAUCUCGAGCCUGGUCGAGUGCAAUGGCAGGUUCGAGGGGCUGGAGGUGAUAUCGCCGACGGCGUUCGAGGUGGUCCUGUACCUCAACCAGAUGGGCGUCUUCAACUUCGUCGAUGAUGGGUCGCUGCCGGGCGCGGCGGUGCUGAAGCUGAGCGACGGCCGGAAGCGGUCGAUGUCGCUGUGGGUGGAGUUCAUCACCGCCUCCGGCUACCUGUCCGCGCGCAAGAUCCGCUCCCGCUUCCACACGCUGGUGGCGCAGGCCGUGGAGAAGUGCCCGUACCGGGACAUGGUGAAGCUGGUGCCGGACACGACCGAGGUGAAGCUGAAGAUACGCGAACGGUACGUCGUGCAGAUUACGCCCGCCUUCAAGUGUACCGGCAUAUGGCCCCGGUCGGCCGCGCACUGGCCGCUGCUCAACAUCCCCUGGCCCCAUCCGGCUCUGGUGGCUGAGGUGAAGACGGAGGGCUUCGACCUGCUGUCGAAGGAGAGCGUCAUCCUGCAGGGCAAGAACGCCAACAUCGAGGGUGACGCCUGGCUGCUGCACUUCACCGAGGCGGAAAACCGGCUGCUGCAGGGUGGCUACCGGAAGCGCUGCCUCAGCAUCCUCAAAACGCUCUGCGACCGCCAUCUGGAGCUACCCGGGGCGCCCAUCAACUACUACCACCUGAAGACGCUGCUGCUGUACGAGUGCGAGAAGCAUCCGCGCGAGGUCGAGUGGGACGCGAACUGCGUCGCCGACCGGCUGAACGGCAUCUUCCUGCAGCUCAUCUCGUGCCUGCAGUGUCGCCGCUGCCCGCACUACUUCCUGCCCAGCCUCGACCUGUUCAAGGGUAAGUCGCCGACGGCGCUCGACAACGCGUCCAAGCACGUGUGGCGCCUCUGCCGGGACAUUCUCACCAGCAGCAAGGCGUUCGAUCGACUCUAG